AUGGCGCCCAGCUCGAAAUCGGAGCGGAACAGCGGGGCCGGGAGUGCCGGUAGCAGCGGGGCCGGCGGUACCCGAGGAAAGCGGGGGCGACGACGAGACCACAUCCUCAAGUAUCUGGAGAGGGUCAAGAUUAGCGGGAGGCUCUCUCCCCGGCUCUUCCGCAAGCUACCGCCACGAGUCUGCGUUUCUCUAAAGAAUAUUGUGGACGAGGACUUCCUGUGGGCAGGACAUAUUUUCCUGGGCUUCUCCAAAAGCGGCCGCUACGUCCUCUCCUACACCAGCAUCAGUAGCGAUGACGACCUCUCCUUUUAUAUCUACCACCUGUACUGGUGGGAGUUCAACGUCCACAGCAAACUGAAGUUGGUCCGGCAGGUACGGCUGUUCCAGGAUGAAGAGAUCUACAGCGACUUAUACCUGACGGUGUGCGAGUGGCCCAGUGACUCCUCCAAAGUCAUUGUCUUUGGCUUCAACACCCGCUCAGCCAAUAACCUGCUGAUGAACAUGAUGAUGAUGAGCGACGAGAACCAUCGGGAUAUCUACAUCAGCACUGUGGCCAUGCCCCCCCUGACGGGCUGUGUCAACUGCCAGGAUGCCAGCCGCUCCCAUCCAGGUGAACCUAGUGCCCACUGCCUGCAGCACGGAUUCAUGCUGCACACCAAGUACCAGGUGGUGUACCCAUUCCCCACCUUCCAGCCGGCCUUCCAGCUCAAAAAGGACCAGGUGGUCCUCCUCAACACCAGCUUCUCUUUGGUGGCCUGUGCCAUCUCUGUCCACUCAGCAGGUGACAGCAACUUCUGCCAAAUCCUCUAUGAUAGAACCACUAACUCCCCUACUCCUUCCUGUGGGAGCUGCUUCAGCCCCUUGAAAUUCCUGAGCCAAGAGAGCCCCCCGGCUCGCGGUGGCAGUCCCAGCUGCAGCCCCGCCGACUCCGCAGCCAUCCCCCAAGAUGCCGGCUCCCCUGCCAGGGCCCCCGAUCUCUCACCCGCCGUCGCCAAAGCCAAGGAGUUUGUGGCGGACAUCUUCCGAAGAGCCAAGGAAGCCAAGAGUGGUGCCAGUCCUGGGGAGGAACUCCGCCCAUCCCCAGACCCCACCCCAUCGCCAUCCAUUUGCUCCAGCCCUUCGGGCAGCUGCUGUCGCCUGUUCUGUGAGAGCCAGGACUCAGGGAGCUCACCCGACGUGGGGCCUCCGCAGUCUACUCUCGAUUACGUCAACUAUACCAAGCUUCACUACGUCCUGGACCCUGGGGGCCAAGCCGUGCCAGAAGAUGAAUUCGAAGACGAUAAGAUUUCCCUCCCCUUCGUGGUGACCGAUCUGUUGGGCAGGAACCUGCGAGCGAUGAGGGAGCAGGCAGCUUUCCAGGGCCAGUACCUGACGAUAGAGCAGCUGACUCUGGACUUCGAGUAUGUGAUCAACGAGGUGAUACGCAAUGACGCAGCCUGGAGCGGCCAGUUCUGCUCAUUCAGUGACUAUGACAUCGUCAUCUUGGAGGUGUGCCCUGAAACCAACCAAGUCCUCAUCAACAUUGGGCUGCUGCUCUUGGCUUUCCCCUUGCCCGAAGAAGAAGGCCAACCUCGACCAAAGACCUAUCACACGAGCCUGAAGGUGGCCUGGGACCUGAACACUGGCCUCUUUGUCACCGUCAGUGUGGAUGACCUCACUGACGUCAGAGGCCAAACCAGGGCCAGGCUUAGCAGCGUCCCAUGGAGUAAGCCACCCUGUGCCCCACCCAGCGGCAGCGUCUGGAGCUCCUAUCGUAAGAGCUGUGUGGACAUGGUGAUGAAGUGGUUGGUGCCUGAGAACACUAGCAGAUACGUUAACAGGAUGACCAACGAGGCACUACACAAAGGCUGCUCUCUGAAGGUCCUGGCUGACAGUGAGCGAUACACUUGGAUCGUACUGUGAGAGCAGGGAUGUGUGACUCCCACUAGACUGGACACUGACUCAAUUACUACCUCCUCGUUUUGGGUUGAAUUCUUCUGUUUGGGGUUUUAAUUUCUCCUUGCCUGUAGUGUUAGAGCGGGGCCCGUGGCGGCCAGGAAAGGGAAGCCUUGGGGCCCAAGAACCGUGGGGGUGGGGCAGGGCCCGGCUGUUGGCUCAGCGGAACAUCUCCAGAUUUCGACUGUCCGGUUCGGACUCCAUUGGCUCCUCCCCCGUUAGUGUCAAUCGCUUUUAUUUAUGCCUAUUUAACUGGGGGCCGGGGUUGGGCAGGAGACUUUAUUGGCUCAGGUGUAACGAGUGGGCUGGGCUACUGGCAUGGCUGGGUCCCUUUCUGAGGAGCAACAACCUUCCCCAACCCACCUCCCCCACUACCAGAAACGCAGAGCUGGGAGCAGCGGGUUCCUUUUCCAGCCCUUUUUGAGCUCCCCACCGGCAUCACACCCUGGAGCUGAAGGCUUUAGUUUCAUGUUUAUUUUCUUCCGUCUUCUCGGUUCUGCGAGGUUUGUUGGCCGUUUCCUUGAGGAGGUUGGGUGGUUGUUGGUUGUUCCCCCCUGCCCCUCCAUCCCCCACACUUGUUGAAGAGUUACGCAGGCCCCAUCUCCCCUUUUGGUUUUUCCUCCCUCCCUCCCCCUUCCUCUUGUUCUUGUUCAUGUUCAUGAAAUAAAUGUUUUAA